AAACCACUUUCAAAGUCAGUGUUGCCGCAGUGCACUUGGCACCAGUUCCGAAAAUAGUGUCGUCAGGUUAAAAAAAAACGAGAUUUUUCUCAGUGUACUACCGCAAAACAUCAAUCCCCAUUACCCCAAGCCCCCCACAACCGCAGCCGCCAAUCCCCAAACCUUAUUGGUAAACAGUAGCCAAAGACGAACGAGUAGAUAAACGUGUGAUCGAUGUGGUGGGGGGCCACGAGUUUCCCACCGAAGGAAACGGAACGAACGUCACUUGGUAUUGCUCAGUGGUACGUCGCGGCUCGUUCUAGCUUCCUCAUUCCCGUGAAAAGCCACGUGACGCUGCAAAACCCCCGGGUAGUGAGUCUCAGAUAAAAAAAAUGUCAGUGAUGUACAGAAAUUCGAUGAAAGCCAUCGGCAAAGUGGUGCCCGCGAAGCUCCAGCCCAUGUGGAAUCAUCCAGCAGGUCCGCAGACCAUUUUCUUCUGGGCGCCAGCUUUCAAAUGGGGACUCGUCAUUGCGGGGUUGGGGGAUCUAUCACGACCAGCUAGCAAAAUAUCUUUGAGUCAAUCGGCGGCCCUUGGGGCCACCGGACUGAUAUGGACGAGAUAUUCACUGGCUAUUACACCUAAGAAUUAUAGUCUCUUCAGUGUUAAUUUGUUCGUCGCUUUUACCGCUUUGUAUCAAGUGGCUAGGGCCAUCAAAUACCAGAACGAACAAAAGGCGUUGGCAAAGGAGGAAGCCGCAACGGACCUGAGCAGCCAUUGAUUAAAAAUAAAAAUGUGGAAAUAACGUACAUUCCUAGAUAGCGAAAUUUUAAACUGUUAUUGUCGAAGGGGUUUUAAUUACACACCAGUGUUGAGUUGAUGCUGAUUAUCAAUUCAACAAGAUCGUGCAAUUCUUAGUGCAGGGGAGAGUGAGGUGAAAUGGGCCUUCUUAAAUCGUCAAAAUCUCCGUACCAAAUGGUGCAAUUGGCACGAAUCAGGGCUCAUUUCACAGCCUCAGAAAAUACCUUCAAAAUGAAAAACAAAAAAUAAAAGAGGCUGAUUUUAUCCUCCUCUCCCCUAAUACGAAAUAAUGGAACGACGGCAGAUACUCUGCUGGACCAAUUUAACCGGUGGUGCUGGAGUUUGUUAGGAAUCUCAUUAUGCCCGGUGGAAGAUUCUGCGAAGAGAAUGUUCCAUCGAGCGUUCGGAAUACAUCGUUACCAUGAAUUCACCAACUUAGGCCAAUGAAAUUGUAAUUAUUAAAACGCUAGCUGUGAUACAGAUUGAAACGAUUUCACCUGACAUAGAUAUAGUCGUGUAAUCACUGUAUCGUUAUCACGCAACACUCAAACGUUUUUUUUCAGUUCCACUCGUGAGGAACAAAAGAACACGUGUUGCUCAGAAUGUCGUGAAAUUAAAUUAGUCAACGCGAAAAUUAACGAGUGUUCGAUCCUUCGUUAUGCAAAUCAUGUCGACGAGAGAUUGAGAUAAAAGAUAAUGGAGAAUUAUGAUUGUGAACUGGUAUCAUGAUCGUGAUUUGAAUUGUUCUACCUCUUUCGAACGUUUUCACUAAUUGUUGAUACUGGUCUAUUGAACUGUUUCAGUUGUAAUUAUUACAAUUUUGUUCUAUUGUAAUUAUGGAUUGUAUUGGCGUCUGGAUGCAGAAUCAGAAAUAAAAUCAAUAUUUUUGAAUAA